ACCCAUGUAUUCUAAUGGAAGCUUGGUUGCAAGUACUUUUGAGGUAAUAUCUAAAUUUAAUGCACCGUUUCAAUAUAUUAAGGCUCUUAUCCCAUUUGGAUGGUAAGAUAUGCUUUUUUUUGGUUGAACUAUUUUCAUACCUAAACAGUUGAGGAGUACAUGAAAUACAUAACUGUCACUUUGUUGUAAAGGUUGGAUAUGUGCAAGCGGAGUCGCAAACAACUUGUUUUGGAUCUUAGGGUUAGUUUUUUUUUAGAGUUAUCUCAUCUAUUUCAUCCUUCACUAUUAUGUUCCUGUUAGUUGUGUUAGCUGAAUAGCUAAUUCUUUAUCUUGUUUAAUGUAAUUGACUACAGUACAUUGGAGAAAUAUGUGAGUGCAUUGUUCCUUUCUUUAUCCACCAUGUUAUACUUAGAGCUUCCUCGUGUCAAUGGUCACUUGAUUAUAUAUUCAUUUUUACUUUGCUUUUGUAGUUACUCUUUUUAUUUUUUAUUUUCAGUAUUUGUAGAGAUUUGACAUUAUUGCGCAUUAACUUCACUUUUCAAACAAUCAGUUUCUGACUACAGAAAUCUGUAAGUUGAAUGUUAAAUACAGAUUGUGUUAUAUUAUAACAGUAGCAGUCCCUUGCUAUCUAACUGAACAUGCUCAUCUCUAACCUUCAUAUAGGGAAUAAGAGUACAAGAAAAAUGUAUAAAAGGCAUCUUUUAACUUCAGUGACUUAGGAAAUGCUAGCAACUUACGAGCUUGUGUUUCAAACUUCGACCAUGGUUAUGUUUACUAUCUAACUGCUCCUAUAUGCUCCUCUAUUUUCUUACAGGUUUACACUUUGAACAAUCCUAUUUGUCCGCUAUUGUUGUUCCAUACUACAAAGAAGACUAAAUACCUUCCACUUUGUAAAUAGUAUGGCAUGUAAAUAUGUAAUGUAAAUAAUACUAACGGUAAGCGAAUGUUUGUCAAUUAUAUAAUAUUUAUAUGUGAAUAAUAUAUGUCAAUUAUGCAAUAUUAUAUGUAAAUAAUAUAUACAUCUAUGCUAACAAAAAUGCUUAACGUUGGACUCAUGCUAGCACGAGCCAUCACUAUCUAAUUUCUACUAUAUAGAAAUAUGAGUUUAGGAUGAUCAAGGGCAAAUUGGUUAUUUUGCAUCAUCAAAAGAGAAUUCCAGAUUAACCAUCUCUUUACCGACUCUUCUUCAUCUUCGCUUCAAAUACACUCACUCUCAUCCAUAUUUGUUCAACAACUUUCGCGUAUCUUUCUUGAUCAUUCAUCUCUCCGUUUCUCUAUCUUCUUUAGCUGAUGAAGAUAAUAGUUCCUUCAGUGCCUCAUGAUUUUUCCUCGAUCAGUAUUUUCAUCUUUAGUUCAUGUUAUUUUUCAUAUAUUUAUAUGUGUCUUUUCUUUUAAUCAGAUGUAGUUGCUUUCUCCUUGGCAACAAAUUAAAUGUCAACUCCUCAAACUAAUAGCUACUGGAAUUAAUUAUUUAUAAUUCUAAAGCUAGUUUCAAGCUGUGAAAAAUUUCAGGUUUGACCUUACUGCAAUGCAGUUUUGGCAUUUCUAUUGUGAGUCACUGGAAGUCUUCUUGAGUCAAUUCUGUGCAGCUUCCUCUUUUUGUGAUUCUGAAAUUGUUCCAAGGGGAUUGUAGGUAGAAUGGGGACACCUACGCACAGCUCAAACACUAGAAGAGGAAAUGAAAUGAUGAGGCUUAUCUUGACGACCUUUUCAGGAGUUGCGUUUGGUAUUUUCUUAGGUGUAUCAUUUCCAACAUGUCCAUUGACCAAGGUGAAGGUACCUUCUAAUAUUUUUGGGUUAAUUGAUCUCACUUACAUUGAGGGCAAGUAUUCAAGCUUCUCAACCGAAGAUCUAUUAAAUUUAUUGUCUUAUCUUAGGAGCCACAAAGGUCGUUCACACAGGCAUUCUGACACAAAGAUUUGGGAUCCAUCAAACUCGGAAGGUGCUGAGAGGAUACCAACGCAUAUUGUUGCAUCUGAGUCUAAUAUUUAUUCUCGAAGAUUGUGGGGCCUUCCCCGUGAGGUCUGAAUUUUUCAACCUUGAUGACUAUCUAAAGUAAUUAGUUGUUCCUUGGCUCUUCAAUGUCUUUCGGAGUUCAUUUGAAGUUGAGAUUCAAGUAGUAAUUCAUACUUGGACUAUACAGUGAUAUUACUACAAUUAUAAUUUUUAAAACAUGAUUUGUGAAGACCUCCAUAUGCUAAAUACAUAGAGUUACAAUUACACCUAAAGAAAAUGUAGAUGUGAAAAACAACUUGCACGAGUUCUAAUGAUUUGCUUGUUGUUUAUAA